AUGCCAGACCCUGAGCUUUAUUUCAAACCACCUCCACGAAGACCGAAGUACAUGCAACAGAUAUAUAUGCGAGCUACAGCCUCAUUUGUUCGAGCCGUCAGGAUUUCUUUGUCCGGCGUAAGGAACAACAUGCCUUUUCUGCUAACCUGUCGUCCUCUAUCGAAUGCAAAUCCUGGAUUGAAACAUAAAGUUUUCAUAUUUGGACGGGCUCAAAAGUCUCCGACAUAAAAGAUCACAAGCGUAUUAUUUAGUGCCCUAAUUUCUGUUGGUGUUAAUGCAAGAGUAUCGGUUGAGGAAAUAGAGAAAGAAGAAGAGGCAGUUUCCACGACCGUCGCUUCAUUCCCCCCUUGGGGCGACUCCAAUGACAAAGAGUUACCAAUGGAUUUCACAAUCAAGGUCGAUACUGUGGUUCAGUCAUAA